CUCUUUCUGCUUGAAGUGCAUCGCCAGUGUUCCGCCUGUAAAGGAUACUAUCAUUACUCCCGUCUGAUUGGUAGCAAUGUCUGUAAGUGGGUAAAUCUGGGAACAAUACACUGAUCACUGGAUCUUUUGUUGGGAUAUUGGCGUGACGCAAGGUUCAUGUCAGAGAACACAAAGCUCCCGGAAUCGAACCUGUCAUUUUGCAAGGCUUCAUGUAUUUCUUGAUCAUCGUCUACCAGUUAACUGUCUCCACCUUCUUUCCUCCUCUGCGUUAAACCAGUCACAGGAUCGACAGCAUUGCCAUGGACACAGAGUCCAUCCACUCUGGUUAUUCCCACCAUUCCAACAGGUCACGGGGAUCAAACAAACAGAGUGAACGCAGCAGCAGGGAUCGGCACAAAUCACACAGCCAAGACAGCAGCAGUCGAUCAGACAAAAAUGUCACCAUCAGCACGUCAUCGCCUCAGCCGCCACAGCCGGAUCAGAGCUCCGCCCCCACAGACGCCCAGGAUGACAACUGGGGCGAGACCACCACAGCGGUCACUGGGACAUCAGAUCACAGCUUGUCUCAGGAAGACCUGGCUGGUUUUGGAAAGGACAUAGAAGGUCCAGUAGAGAAGCUGAACUGUAUACGUUUCCUUCCUUUGAUCCUCACUCUUGUCCUGGGCCUGUUGGUCCUAGUUACCCCCCUGGCCUUCCUGGUGUUACCCCAGCUGCUGUGGCCGGAGCGUUUACAGGCGUGCGGCACUGCAUGCGAGGGCCUGUUUCUCUCACUGGCUUUCAAACUUCUCAUUCUACUGUUGGCUGGCUGGGCGUUGUUUGUGCGACCGGCGAGAGCCUCCCUGCCAAGGAUAGCAGUGUUUCGUGCCCUUCUCGGACUGCUCACGCUCCUCCUGCUGCUUUCCUACUGGCUGUUCUUUGGGGUGCGGAUCUUGGACUCACAGGAUGAGAACUACCAGGGCAUAGUGCAGUUUGCAGUGUCAUUGGUGGACGCUCUUUUGUUCAUCCAUUAUCUGGCCGUGGUUCUGCUUGAGAUCCGGCACCUGCAGCCCUGCUUCUCUCUCUGUGUUGUGAGAUCCACUGAUGGAGAGACUCGCCACUACAACCUGGGACAAAUCAGCAUUCAGCGGGCAGCUCUUGUAAUUCUGGAACACUAUUACAAGGAUUUUUCAGUUCACAAUCCUGCCCUGUUGACAGCUGCUAAGUCCAGGGCAGCUAAACAUCUGGCUGGACUGAAGGUCUAUAAUGUAGAUGGUGCUGGUAGCGAUGCGGCUACUGCUCAGUCUCGAGCUAAAAUAGCAGCUGCUGCCCGGCAAAGAGACACCAGCCACAACGAACUGUACUAUGAGGAAGCUGAGCAUGAUAGAAGAGUCCGGAAACGCAAGGCACGGCUGGUGGUGGCCGUAGAGGAAGCAUUCACGCACGUUAGACGGCUACAGGAGGAGGAGAAAAAGAAGCCACCGGGCGAUGAAAUGGAUCCACGCGAGGCAGCGCAAGCCAUAUUCCCGUCCAUGGCACGAGCGCUGCAGAAAUACUUGCGGACCACACGUCAACAACACUGUCACAGCAUGGACAGCAUUCAGGCCCACCUUGCAUUCUGCAUUACACACAACAUGACCCCUAAGGCAUUUCUGGAGAGCUAUCUGAUGUCCGGGCCCACACUACAGUAUGGCAGAGAGUGCUGGCAGUCCCGGCAGUGGACGUUGAUCAGCGAAGCAUCCGUCACCAGUCCUCUCCGUCAUGGCACUGAGUUUCAACUCAAAUCAUCCGACUUCAGCUUGGUGGUUACCAGCAAAUCUAUCCCUCACCUUAAACUGAGUGAAGAGUACGUCAAUCCCAAGUCCCACAAGUUUGUACUGCAACUGCAGUCCGAGACCUCCGUCUGACGGAUUCUUGCAUCUGAUGAUUGUUUUUGUUCAUUUAAUUUUCUACACUGGUAAAUUUUGGACUUCUAUUUUAUUUUUAAUUCUUUUUCACCUUUUUCACAGUUUAUAAAUGGCAUUUUACAUACUGGAUGUAUUUUGAUACAAUAUUUGUUAUUGCCAAGAACAGAAAAAAAUGCUUGUUUUGGAUUGCAUAGUGCGGGCGGGUGUGAUUGUGAGGAUGUGCCAUCUGUUUAAUUCUAUCAGACUUUAUGUGUAGAGUUUUGUUUUGCGUGUGUGCGUGCGUGUGUGAUGAAUGUUUUUUUUACAUUGGCCACUACUAAAGAUAUUGGGCGCAUCUGGGUAUAUUUGAACUUCAGUAGGAAUCCCGAGUAGGAAUUACCAUUGGUAUAAACGUCUACUGGCAAUGGACAGGUGAUUUAUCAUAUGUGCACUGCUAAACAUAAUACAUGCACAUCACUUUCAGCCUGCUGGUUUGUUUAUAUUCUACCAUUGUUAUUGGCAGUAAAGAAAGAAGACAAUGUAUUGAAAAAAAACAGUUCCUUUUUUCCUUUGUGAUUAAUAAACUGUGAUUUGUCGUUCA